CGCUCCCUCUAGUUGUUAGUUGUUUGUUCCGAUCGGAGGAAGACAUCAAGGAGCCGCGGCAACAACAGCAACAACACAUUUUUAAAAAAUGGAAAAUGAGAGCAAGAGGAAGAUAAAGGAGAGAUUUGGCCUGAGGCGGGACAUCUUUAAGGAGUUCCUGGCGGAAUUUCUUGGGAUAUUUAUCCUGAUACUCUUUGGAUGUGGUUCAGUGGCCCAGACGGUGCUGAGUAAAGGGGCUCUCGGGGAGCCCUUGACCAUCCACAUUGGUUUCACUCUGGGAGUCAUGAUGGCCGUCUAUGUGGCCGGAGGAGUGUCAGGAGCCCACGUGAACCCGGCAGUCUCUCUGGCCAUGGUGAUCCUGGGGAAGCUUCCUCUGAAGAAGUUCCCCGUGUAUGUGGCGGCACAGUUCCUGGGGGCUUUUGCUGGAUCCUGUGCUGUCUAUGGGUUGUAUUAUGAUGCUUUGAUGGAAUAUACCAAUGGAGAAUUUGCUGUUACUGGUCCAAAUGCCACUGCCAACAUAUUUGCAUCUUAUCCAGCAAAACAUCUCUCGGUCCUGAAUGGGUUUGUUGAUCAGGUAAUUGCAACUGCUGCACUGAUCCUGUGCAUCCUGGCCAUCACGGACAAGAACAUCGGCGCUCCAAAGGGCAUGGAGCCGCUCUGCAUUGGCCUGGUCAUCAUGGCCAUCGGAGUGUCCAUGGGUCUGAACUGCGGCUAUCCAAUCAACCCGGCGCGAGACCUCGGCCCACGGUUCUUCACGGCUGUAGCUGGAUGGGGAAUGGACGUAUUCAGAGCUGGAGGGUGCUGGUGGUGGAUCCCUGUGGCCGGGCCCAUGGUGGGCGGAGCAGUCGGAGCAUGCGUUUACUUUCUCCUCAUUGAGUUGCACCAUCACGAGCCUGAAAAACAGGAGGAGAACAACAUCCAGGACAAAUAUGAAAUGAUAACUUUGAGUUAAAAUGAAGAACAAAGCAACAAAUGUUCAUCUUGAUGAAACAGUUUUAUACCAUUUGAUAUAGAAAAAAAUCAGAGAACAUAUGCAAUUUAAAGUCUCUUUUUGUAAAAGGUAUGGUCUAUUUAUAGACUGAUUUUAUCUGCCUGAGGCUCUUUCAUAAAUCAAAAUAUUAAGGAAGCUUGAUAAUCAUAAUCUCUUUAGAUGUUUCUAUUAUGGAGAUUUCCCCCUGCAUUGCACACAUGUAUAGUAUUCUCCAUGUCUCCUAUUUCCUAACUAGGAACAUCUCCUCUCAUUAGACGUAUUUGCCAAGUUUCUGUACAGUGUUUUUAUUUUUUACUCCUGUCUACCUAACAAACAUGGACAUGUAAUAUAUGUAGCACUUAUACACUGAGAAAUGUUUUAAUCUAUUUUACUUUUAGCUAAUGAUGUGUUUGAUAGACAGACUUCCUUAUUCUGUUUGACUUCAUGUGCGUAAAGAAAGUGUCAUUGAUUGCUUUAUCUUGCUUACAGCGUUGUAGUUUUUAUUACAUGUUUAUGUAAAUCCAGCCUUAAAUGAUUUUCCGGGCAUUGCUUUGGUAUUCAGUCUUCUCCAUAAUGUUGCAGCACACACACUUUACUUGAUUUAAACUUCUGGAUUCCAGAUUUACUCUUUACAGACAACGUUGAUAUUGACAAGCCGUAACUUCAAGUAACAGACAUGACGACGACAUGUAAAGGUCUGCACGCUUUUGCUAAUGAUUCUGAAAUCCGUGGUGAAUUGUGUCCGUGGACAUGUUGUAUUGGGGCAACAUGCAAACACUGACUGUAAACUGUUUACAUUAAAACCUUUGAGCACAAGAAAGGAACCAUAAUACGUGGAGAUGUAAAAUGGACUCUUAUUAAUUGUGUUGUUGUCAUACAUAGUGCGUGAGCACAGCAAUGGGAAUUUCAGACAUGUUUUAGAAUAAAAAGACAACAGGAUACAUGUAGACCUGUGCUGAUAUAAAGUGCUUACACUAAUUAUACUACAUACUCUGACACUGAUAGUGGGAUUACAUUGCACUUCACUGAAUGCCAUUUCACAACACAUAUACUUGACAAUUACUUAAUUAAUGUCUUAAUGUGUUUGUUUUAUUUUUGUGAAACAGAAUAAUAUGAUCAAAGGCACAUCAAACAUUGAUUUUCUUUCUGCGAACAAUCACCAGAACAAUCGCCAGAACAAUCUUAACACUCAUGGGGAGUUCCCUUUACACUGUGAAUUAAAAUAAUUACAUUAUGGUUGAAAAUUAGUUGAAGGUGUUUGUUUCACUGAAUCUCUCUCUCUAGAAAAAAAUAUAUAUCCAUUUAUCAAUAUAUAUAUACAUAUAUAUAUAUAUAUGUAUAUAUAUAUGUGUAUAUAUAUAUAUAUAUAUUUAUAUAUAUAUUCUCACACUUUGAUGUCACUGCAUCGGUCUCCAGAAUGGUAGUUUGUCAGGAAGUAACAUGUUGAUCUUUUUAUAUGUCUUUUGUUGUUGCGUAUUUGCUUUUUAUAAGGUAGUUUCCUAAGAUGCAUUGCCUUUAUCCAUCUAAAUUAGCUGUUUGUCUUAUUCAGUGUAUUUCAUGUUGAAUAAAUAUUGUUUAAAUGAUU